AUCAACAAGUGCGUUAGCUUGCUAAGCUAGCUCAACGUGUCUUUGGGUAAAACCGCGUUUAAAGCUGUAUUUUGCGUCGUGGACACUCACAACCCUCAGAUGUGCCGGUCGGUGAAAGACACAGUUAGACAUGCUGUCAGCAGGAGACGCGUAUAGUUACUAUCUACUUGUUACCAUGGAAUUGGCGAACGUCAGCUAAAGCUAACGCUAACGCUAAUGUGAGUAAACAACAGGAGAGUGGGUGAAGUUUCCAGGAUGACGAACCAAGAGGUCAGGACACUGGCUUACGCGAAAAGCCCGAAAACGUCGAGAAGAACAACAUUUCAGGAUGAACUUCAGGCUGCUGUCUCUGCCAGAGCCAACAAAACCACCACAGAUCACUUCUCCUACUCGGAUGACUUCGAUGAGGAUGAGGAGGAAGAUGAUUUUUUGAAUGAACUCCUCAAAUCAAGAAAAAAGAAGACGGAUGCAUUUAAGGCCGGGAAAUCUAAAGCGAACGCAAACAGCACCUUUGACCUUUCCGACGAUAAAGACAAACCUGGGAAAACAAAGAGAGUUUCAUUCCUGAAGAGCAAGAAAAUCAGCUUUUCCUCGAGGGACCCGUCAGAGUCACGCGAAAAUGAGCAGCCGGACUCCUCUGUCGUUGGACAUUACAAUCAUAAUAACUCGAUUUCCUCACAACACCAUGACACACGGAGUAAGAACAGUGUUGUGGAGCCUGUUGAUUCCCAAACCCCAAGAGGGAGCUGGAGCAAAUCUCUCUCACACCAAACCUCAGAUGAUCUUCUGGACAUGCCUCUGCCUUUACCAUCCGACGGCAGCGUGACGGAGACUCCAGGCCCUGAGGAGAAGAGCAACACUUUUCUGGAAGAAACAUCCCAGACUCCAAAUUCGUCAGGACCUGACAUCACACACAUGCCUUCACCAGAUAUUCCUAACGAGAGGGAGCCACCCAAACCCAAACCAAGACAACGGACUCUGGGGUUAAUCUCUCACGCUGUAGAGAAGACGCCAGAGGAAAGUGAAUCUCAGGAUCUGAGCAGGCCCCAGACGUCCUCUGCAUCCAUCCCCCUCUCCUCUGGCGCGUCCAGCAACAGUGCAGUGAGGAGCUGUAGUCCGCAUUGGACAGAAGAUGAUCGCACAUUUUCACAUAGCCUCAGCAAAUCGUCUUCGACUAAGAGUGAGCAGUCACAGCUCCUUACCAAGUCCACUCCUGAUUCUGAAUCCAGAGUUGAUUUUAUUUCAGACAACAGCAAGGAUCGGGAUGGAAAGUACUCUACAUUUCUCGAAGAAUCUCAUGAGAAUUUGGGAGAUCACGCCAGUCAUUCUGUAGCUCAACUCUCUCACACUCAGGAAAAGUUAUUUGACACCAGGACUCCAAGUUCAAACUCAAAGAACACUCAGAGAUGUCAGAGUGCCUGCUCCAGAAAAGUGGAAUCAAAGUAUUUGGGAUCUCUCAAAGUUCUGGACCGCAAAGUUUCGCUACACGAGUCUCAUCCAGAAACAGCAGAUUCACUCAGAGCUGCCGUUUACCAGGAAUGGCUUAAAAAGAAAAAGGAAAGGUCACAAGGGAUCAUGCAACUAAAGAAGAAAGAGCAACUCCUCCAAGAACAAAAGAAAAAGGAAGAAGAGGCAAAAAAGGGCGAUGCUGUUGCAUCAUAUGAGGCUUGGAAGGAAGGGAAAGCAGAGAGGCUUAAAGCAAAAGCCAAAGAAAAGCAAGAUAAGAUGAGAAAAGAGCAGAGAGCGAGUGAAGACACCGAAGAAAAGAAACAGUCCGCCAAGCAGGUGUUUGAAAAAUGGAAACAGGAGCAGGAUCGUCUGCUUGAAGAAAAAUACAGAAAACAGAAAGAAGCUGAAAAUAAACUUCAGCUAAAAAAGCAAACAAAGGAGGAGGAAAGAAAGAGAGAGAGUACUUCUGCUUUUUCUAGGUGGUCUGAUAAGAAGAAAGAUGUUAUUAACGAAAAAGUCACCAUCGAGCGAAAAGAAGUUAAAAACAAAGCCGAGGAGGAACGAUACAUGAAAGAAGAGAGGGAUAAAAUGGCUUUGGAGAUGUAUGAAAGCUGGCUGGUGAGAAAAGAUCUAGAACAGAAGAGACAGAGAGAAGAAAGACGGAUAAAAGCAAUCCUCCGAGACAGUCCUCCUCCACCGUGGAGCCCUCCUAAUAAAACUAUAGGAUUUCGAAAAUAACAUUUAAAAUGUAACAUGGCACUCAUCUAUCUGUGGAUGUUGUGAUGCAAUUUUUGUUUAGUUUUGUACUUUAUUUUCUAACAAAAGUAUGUAUUUAAACAGAGCUGAUGGCAGCUGUUGAAUUUUAGGUGUUUCAGACUCAGUGCAUUGGUCAGCAGCUCUAGUAAAAGUUAAUUUUUCUUCUAUAUCAUUUAAUAAUGUUAAAGCACAUACAGGUUCAAUGAGAAAAGUGAAUGGUUAUUUUUCGAUAACAAAACCGUUUUUUACAAAUGUCUUACGUGUGUGAUUGUUACAGAUGUGUUGUCCUGUUAUCACCAUAUUGUUCAUCCACUGCUUGACCUGCUAAUGCCCUUUGUUGAACUGCCAUUGACAUCCAGGUAAAGUUUGUUUAUGUUUUAGAGUUACAAGAAGCUUCAAACCACCACACCACCUUUGAAACAGAUCUGUUCAACCCCAACUGCUUAUAUCAUGGGUGGAAGUAUUUAUGGUCAUAUCUAUGUGUCCCUGUAAUAGCAAUAAACCAAUUUAUU